AUGGAAGGCCGAAGUGACGACGGGCAACCUCCUAGCAAAAAACGAAUGGAUAAUAAUUCGACUCGACUGUUGCAAAUAUCCACGGAAGUGGAGUUGAAGGCACGAGACGAUCUCCGAAAGUUGGACAUGGAUAUGCAUAACGCCAACGUAUACCACAAGGGCAUGUUAGAUCGCCUAAAACAACUAAGCAAUAAAUUGAAAAAAACACAGAACGCCGCCGAAAAAUUACAAAUCAUGAUUAAGAACACAACCGACGAAAUCGAGAAGAGCAAAAACGAACAGGACGAAAUCCUCACGGUCAGGCGAAAAUUAGAAAAACAAACUACUUAUUACGAUUUUUGUAAACAUUUGCUCAACAUCGACCCGGAAGACAGCGGGCUAUGGUAUUUCACGGGGGACGAGUGCCCGGUUUGUCUGGAAAAGUACAAAAACAUGGCCAAAUUGAAUCGUUGUCAGCAUUUGUUGUGCGUCAAUUGUCUAACGUCCUGGCUCGAAACGUCGCACUCGUGUCCGCUGUGCAUAAGCGAAAUAAUUGGGUACGACAUUUUCGACAGUACGCUCAUGCGUGCCAAGUAUGUGACGGCAACUGAACAUUAUCACGCGUGCAAUUCAAAAGUUGACGUCUACACCAGCCCCGUUUCGGAUGGAUCGGAAAGUGUUCCAAGUCCUCCAAUUAUAGUUUAA